GGACACGCUCUUAGGCCAGUGGAUCCAGUCCGACUACUCGCAGUCUGUGGUCAUAAUAGCGCUAAUCAUGGCCGCUCCUAAUCAGCCUCAGCAAUGGACCACGCUCGGCAAACUGAGUUUUCCUCAGUCUGCCCAAACCAACGCCAAAAGUGUCGAAGUUUUCGUUUUCCAAGGACUCUACGACGGCAAAACACCAGUUACCGUCAAGCGGGCCAAAAAUUCGCUCGCCGUAGUCGACAAAAAAGUGCUCAAGGAGAUCAAUCACCCGAGCAUCACUCGUUAUUACAUCACCGAAGCCGACGACGAGUUCUACUACAUUGCGACUGAAAACACCACCGAUACUUUGGAAGUCAUAGCUCUCAAGGGUGUGGAGGGACGGAAGAAUACGGAACCGGAAACGACUAAGCCGGAGAUCGGCACUCACAAGGAGAUUCUCCGCCAAAUCUCGAGUGCCGUUGCUUACCUCCACAACAAGAAGAUCAUCCACGGAAACAUCAAUCCACAAAGCAUCGUCAUCUGCGAGCAGCCACCAACGCUCAACGAUCUGAAACCUUCACCCAAAGCCAAACUGGGAAACUUCGAAAUCGAAGGAGCUCGAGACGGUUGGAAAGCGCCCGAGUACGAACUGAAAUCAGAGGAUCUAUCUCCGGCUUCCGAUGUCUUUUCGUUGGGUAUCGUCUUCGCAUAUUUGCUUUCCAAUGGCCUACAUCCUUUCGGUCCUGUUCACCUUCAACAGAGCAAUAUUCUGUUUGGAUUUCUACACUUGUCCGAGGAGAAGCUGAACGAUCCGAAUGCUGUUGAUCUCAUGAAGCGUAUGCUCGACAGCGAUCCAACAACUCGCAUCACCAUAAAAGGCGUCCUAAGUCAUCCGUACUUUAUGGGAAGUGAAGAGGCCGUGGCGUUCAUCUGCAAAGCGGUGGACGAAGUUUUGAAACCGGAAUUGGUUAAGGUCGCCGAAGGAGGCGAGAGUUCCAUCGUCGCCGAAUUGAGAAACGGAGAGCAGCCCAUCAUUCGUGGCUACUGGAAACAAUACCUAACGCCUUACGUAAAGAAACUCAUCGAGCGACGCAGUUACGACGCCAAGUCAUUGACCGGUCUUUUGUUAGCCAUCCGGGACAAAGCGGUGCAGUAUGCGGAUCAGUCCCCGGAAGUCAAGGCCGAAUUCGGAAGCAAGCCCGAAGGCUACUGGAUCUACUGGUCGACUUUGUUUCCUUCUUUACUCAUCCACACAUGGAGAGUGAUGGCAAACCGGCUUGGAUCGACUGUUUGAAUUUUCGAAUUUACUUUUUGCCAUUUUUAUUUUUCGCUUCGUUUUCACAAUUGACUAUAGAUAGUAGUGACAACAUAUAGCCCGAGCAAGCUGGGCAUAUUAUCUCAGCACUGUGUAACUGAUUUAAUUUUGUUGUGAGAGUAAACGAAAAUAAAUCGACAUCAUCUGCUGCCUU